AUUCAAAGAAGAAGAAAUUGAACGACAAAUCGGAGUUGUCAUCUGGAAUUGUAACACCUGUCACCAAGAAGAGUUCAAGUCUUUACAAAGAUGUCCUCAAAGAGAGUGCUGGAAAGUCUGUUUUUGACAGUCUUUGCAAGCAAAGGAACACAGAAAAAAAGAAUGCAGAAAAAAAGAAUGAUGAAUUUGACUUCCAUUGUUCAUUUGGAAGUGAUGAGGAGAAUAUGUCAGAUGUGUCUCUUCCAAUCUCACAAUCAGACAGUACAGAAAAACCAGUAUUACAAGGUGUUAUUGCAUAUGUAGAAGUACGAACCAACACUGAGAACAGGUUUGAGGGAAUCUGCAAACAAAUGGAGCUACUUGGUGCUGUUGUAGUUAAGAAAUUCAUCCCAGAGGUGACACACGUGGUUUUUAAAGAUGGGAAGAAGUCCACUCGUGAUAAAGCUAUCAAGAAGGGAGUUCAUCUUGUGAAUGUACUUUGGGUUGAUAGUUGCAAACAGUCAGGAAAACAUGUCUCAGAAGAUCUGUUUCCCGUCACUUUGGAUGAAGAGAUGCACACUCCACUUCUGCCUGGGAAAGCAAGGAGGACAAAAUCCAUGCAGCCCAGAUCUUUUGAGGAGGAUUUGAGGAAUAGUGCAGAAAGAGUCAACCGAAGAAGACGACGUCUUGAAGCGGACGGGAAAAUGUCUCCUUUGACUACCAAGAUACUUUCCUAUCAAGAGUCCCCAUUGAACCCAACUUCAUUGGCAAGUCCUUGUCUUUUCCCAUCUAAAACUCCUCAACCUCAUGGUAACCCAUCUGAAAAGGGCCUAUUUGAGUCGACACAAGACAGCAACAAGAGUACAUAUUCUGGAGUAGGAUUUAUGGAAACGCCCACAAGUCCUGUAGCAGCUCCUCGGGACACUCUUCAGACUGAUUCUGGUCUAAGGAAGAAACGAAAACGAAGAUUGUCUUCCACUACAUCUGAUGAUACAACCAAAGAAAGCAACACAAAGAAAGUGAAAACGAACAGAAUAAACAAUGAUUUGAAAGAAGAAUUAUCGAAUAAAAAUAACGACAAGUCCGAGCUGAAAGAAAGCUCAAUAUCCGAAGAAAUCGACCCUUUUGCGUUUACUGAUAAAGACGACAGUCAUGCCUUACCUGAAACUGGUUGUAUACUGAAACGAAGCUAUUCUAAAGGGACAAGUAAUGUCAGCACUGGUAAAAAUGGAAAAUGUAAUUCUUCUUCAAAUGAUGUGUUUAUCUUCAGUGAUAAAAGCGAUAGUUUGUCACUCUGUAAAGCCAAGAAAGUCACUUCGAAAGGAUCAAAAUUAGAAGAGAAAGCUGAUUCGAUCCUGAAUGAGCUGGACAUUUUCACCUUUAAUGAAGAAGAGCCUGUGGUUAAAACAAGCCGCUUGAAGAAGAAAUCACGGUCCAAAUCUCAUAAAGAUGAAUUGAAUUCACCUCCAAAACUGUCACUUCACAAAAAAGAGGAUCCCAAAGAUGAGGCUGGUCGAUUGACAGGUGGUAGAGCGGAUAGAACUCUCUCAGAUUCUGGUAUAUCGAUUGAUGAAGCGAUCUCCAACAAACAAAGACCAAGAAAGCCGUUURAAAAGACAACUCUCGCAAAUUCGUCAAGUAAAGUUGCCCCUAAAUCUGAUACAGAAACGAACCUCGAAAACUCACUCCCUUCUAGCAGUGAAACCAAGCGAAUCGAAGACCCUCACAGUAAGUUUACUGAAAAAGGAGUAAAGAAAAUUGGGAAUAGAAAAGAAACGAAAGAUAAAACAACUAGUAUUAACGAGAAUUAUGAAACAGAACAUUUAGCUGUUGGCGAAUCGCCAUCUAAUAAGACCAAAAGGGGACUUAAAACAGCAUCAGUAUCAGAAAACAGGAAUUUAAGAGAAAACGAGCAAGAAGAAAAUCCGCUAACGUUGGACAGUGAAGACCGCAGGAAGAGCAAGAAAGCUGAGAAAGUUGAUAAGAGAAAGAUACGCAAUGAUAAAGGAAAUGAAAGCGAAGGGGAAGAAGCUUCGUCGACCGACAAUGAACACACCGACAACGAACAUGACGAAAAUAUGGAACAAUACACUUCUGAGAUUAAACUUGAAACGAAUAAAAACAAGAAUCAGCCUAGAAAGAAAGUUAUGAGAAUGAAAAAGCCGUCAAGAUCCCUUGUUCUGACAAGCAUGCACUUUUGUGACCAAGAUGUAGUUUUAUCUGUUGUUCGUAAGCUCGGUGGCUUCUAUGUGGCUGACAAAGUAUCGCAAGACACCACUCAUGUUGUCAGUGGUACACCUAAACGAACUCUUAACGUACUUACAGCCAUAGCUCAAGGUUGUUGGCUUGUAUCGCCAGAAUGGGUCAUGAAAUCUCUAGAGGCAGGUUAUUGGAUUGAUGAAGAACCUUAUGAACUUUCUGAUUCCUUCCCCUCAGCUCAGCUCAGCCGAUUAGAGCGAGCUAACAUAGGACCUGACUAUCAACAAGAACUGUUCCUAGAUGUCGAACCAAUUUACGUAUGUGAGAAUACUUCUCCGCCAGCUGAUGAUCUGAUGAAACUGAUCACACUUUGCGGUGGACAGGUGUGUACGUCUAUUAGAAAAGCUGGUGUUUGUAUUGGAAAUAUUAACAGAAAAGUCAGUGCUGUCAAAGUAACAGAGACCUGGGUCAUAGACUCUAUCACAGAACACAUAGCACUGCCCUUCGCCUCGUAUUCUUUGUAAUGUUGGCAUAAAUCAUAUGUGAUUUUAGUAGAUGUUAGAUGAUCAAACAAAGCGAAUAGUAAUUUAUAUAUUGUCGAAUUUUAAAUAAAUUUUUAAUUGUAUAUAUCAUAUAGCCACUAAUUAUUAGAGUACUUUCAAUAAAGUAAAUU